AUGAUUUUAAUUGAUUACUUGGCGUUUGCAAAUCAACUAAAGAAAGCAAGACAAUCAAUAAAGCAGACAAUCGAAAUCAAUCUCACUCAUGAAAUGCAACAAUAUUGGAUAUUAAUCAAUCUAAAUAGUCGCGAUAAGCACCAACAUUCAAAUGACAAAGUUGAAGAUGGAGAUACAAGCAAAGAAAUUGGUGUUGAUCAUAUGGCAGCAGUCAAAGAAAUAAAAGGUUUAAGCGACGAUAUUAAAAUGGACAGCAAUGAAAACAAAGAAACAACAGAUGACUCUGAAGAUAAUUCCGAUUCCGAUUACUCGAGAAAUAACGAUGAAGAUUAUCAACUUUAUUUUGAAGAUGAAGAAUUUGAAGACUCUGAAAAUGAAUAUGAAGAUGAAGAUGAAGAUGUAGAAGGUGAAGAUAAUUUCAAUAGAAUAAGUGCAAAUGAAAAUGGUGUGCUUGUACUUAAUGCGGGUAUCGAUACACAUUCCAAUACAACUCUGAUCGCACCGGUUCUUGUCAUUGGCGGUGACGAGGACAACUACAUAUCGUACCUGAUUUCAUAUUCUGUGAAUUUGUUGAAAUCUACCAAUCUAACGGUCGAUAGACUCUAUGGAUACAACGUCUCCAUUGUACAAGCACAAAAGUCAGUGUUAACCAUCAAUGAUGUCAGCAUGUUCCAGUCGCAUUCCAUUGAGAGUAUCGAAGCGGACAAAGACAGUAAAACGACAAUUGCAUGUUCGACCAUCCGACAAAUGACUAUCUACGGUAUUGCAUCCAGUGGUAAACUUACACUGAAUGCUCCGAUGUCUGAGAGACUUAUUAUCUACAAUGUCACUGCACUCAACGAGUUGGUACUGGUUGGUAACACCUCGGUGUUGAUCAAUGGUGAUCUGACACUGACAGACGACUCUGAGAUCAAACUGGAUGCACCAACCAUUUUCAAUGCAACCACAAGAGUAAAGAGUGACCCACCCAUCUUUGUGAAUGGUACACUCAAGUUGGAAGGUGGUGAAUUGGAGAUAGAACUACUUGAUGAUAGUCAACAAUCAAACGCCGUAAACUAUACACAACGCUACGUUAUCAUAGAGAGCAAUGGCGGUAUCAUUGGUACAUUCAAGGAUUUCAAAGUGGACAACCAGCAAGACGAUCAUCAGAAAUCGAAUAUCAAUGUAACAGUAUCGCCCAACAACAAUCAAAACUCAGCUGUACUGCUCUACUUUACAGAGAAACCCAGUGAGAAGGAGGAACACAUGGAAGGUUGGAAGAUCGCAUUGAUUACAAUCACAGUGGUCGGUGUAGUAGUUGGAUUCGCAGUGGUUCCAUACGUCUACAGAAAGUACAAAGGUUACAACACCACCGGCAGAGGAAGCAGCAGCAGCUCUGGUGGCAACAAGAAUCCAUUCUUCCGUUUGAAUUCCGACAAACUGAAACUCAACACAAGCAACGAGAGUACAACAGAUGAUAUCCUAUUAAAUAUUAACGAAAACGAUGAAGAAGAAUCCUCUGCACUUUAA